ACAGGUUUUGACACUAAUAUAGAUAGAAUAUGGGAUAUUAUAUCAGAAGCAAUUCGAUAUGCAGCAAACAAAAACAUACCAAGAAAGAAAGUGACAAAUGAUACCUUCUAUAUGAAAUGCAAGCGCAAGACCUCAGCUCUACACAAAUCUAUUGUGGCACUUAGCAAGAUAAUACAGUCAGUCAAGAAGGUACUAGAUACAAGAACGGCUCUGGUGAGGGUAAAUGACACAAAUAAAGCAAUAGACAAAAUAAACGCAGAACAAGGUACCAAUAUAGAGCAGAUUAGGCAUGUUGAUGAGACCGUAUUAACUGAGUGGGUGCAAGUAGCCAAGCAUGGUUUGAAAGCUAUGAGAUUGCAAGAAAGGCUUAAAGAUGAUAAGCAG